ACGAAAAAAAGGAACUAAAAUGUAAUUCCCCUUUCUAAUAACUUUCACUUUUGAUGAUUCUAAAGACAACCAACCAACCAAAAAGCAACAGCCCAAAACUCAUAAAAACACCGACCCACGAAAAAAUGUGCUGUAAAAAUAUAUACACGCAUAAUUCAACUCAUAAAUAAAGACAAACAAAGAAACGGAUACAAAAAACUAAUAAAAAAAAUAAAAUAAUUGUAGUUAAAUGCAAAAAGAAAAUGCCUUUUUGGCCAUCUCACCUCGCCUGAACUGAACGGAAAAGCGUUUGCUUUAUGUUCUUUGUUUAUUUAUUUAUUUAGUUUUUUUUUUUUGUGUUCUUUAGUCUCUUUCUUACGGUUGCCCGGCAAAGUCAAUUAAGUCACCGGAGAAUUGGUUUGAAUUUCAUUUUCAUUUUGUUAGUAACCAAAGAAACGAACGUGGGACAAAAGCAAGACUGAUUUUUAUGUUUAGUUAGUACUAUUAAAUAAAAAAAAACACCAAACAGAAACAACAAGUAACAAAAAAGAAGAAAAAAAGAUUCAACUACGAACAAUAGACAAGAAGUAGCAACAGCAGCAGAAGCAACCAGAGGCAACCAUAACAACGAACCGCCCAAGCGGAAACCUUAGCAAAAUCCGUCGAGAACGACAACAGCAGCAACACGGCCAACAAAAGCAGCUAACACAGACCAGAGUGAGCCAUGUUUGUAGUCAUUGCCAUGCUGUUUGUCAAUGCCUGCCUGGCGGGCACCAUUCCAGCCACUCCGGAGAACAUAACGGUCACCUUUCUGACGCCAACUGCCGUGCGGGUGUCAUGGCAGACACAAAUCGAUCUGAAGGCGCAUCCCAUUGAGAAGUAUAUUGUGACAUAUAAGCCAACAGAUGACAGUUACAGGGUUGUACAGGACGUUGCCGGAAACAGUGAGGCCAUUGUCCUAGAUCGCCUUCUGCCCAGUACACAAUAUUCCCUAGUGGUGACAGCCAUUUGGUUGGGCAAAAAAUAUCGCAGUCGUGGACAGAUCAAAUUUCGUACAUUGGAUCUGCCCAAGAAUACAUCACAGCAGGAUUUCCCGCCUGGAGUCUAUGGGAAUGGUAGAAAUGCCACUGGCAAUAAUAGCAUAUUUGGUGAUGAUGUCACCUCAACGGCUACAAAUACACUAUCCCAUGGCACUACAAGGGAAUUGCCCACGAUACGCGGCGUAGAGAUCGGCAUAGUUCUGAUAGUUCUUAUGGUCUGGGCCGGGGCCAUAGCUUUGUUCUUUAAUCGUUGGGGCAAAAUACGUAUGCUUCUGCCAUAUCAACCGGACUACAAGCACGAACAGCUCAAAGUACCCGGCACAGGGGUAUGCAGUGCCGGCGGUUGCAAUGGCCAACACUCACAUCAGAACCUACACCCCGAUUUCUUUGUCAAGUUCGACAGCAGUGAAUGUGCUCACCCACCGUUGCACUGCAAUAACCGCCACAUCCACAUGCUGGCCGAAGAGCAUUCCACAUCGAUAUCAGAACGCUGCACACGUAGUCGCAUCAACUCGGCCAUAUUUGUGUCCUCGGAGGGUAGAGGAUUCGAUUCCAUUGAGUUCCUGCGACGACAUGGCUCGCAGAGUGUCUUGUGCCGGAAGGCCAAGAGUGCGGAGAAUAUCACAGAUAAUGGAAGAAAGAAGAGCCUCCGCCAGUGGCGAACAGAUCCCGAGGACUCUGUCAAGCAGCAGCAUCUCUCUCAGGACAGCAAUGAUAUUGAAUUAAAGGAAUGUGGCGAACUACUUCGUUUGCCUGUCGUUCAGGCUAUCGAUUCAAAGCAAUCCCCCACAGCUGUCACCAGUCUAUUGGCUCGUUCGGCUGCCAUAACCACAGCCAAUGUUAUAGUGGGUAGCAUUUCUCUAGAGGCACCGCCACCCUAUAUGCAAGAUGAUGAUGCCGAUACGCCUGCCACAGCCGCCCUGCUGGCCUCAGCCAUUGUCCAUGAUUCACAGGAUUCAGCGGAAACGGUUGAGGAAUUGGUCCAUGUGCCAUUGCUGGCCAGUGCGACGGCAACAGCCACAGUCUCGGCUGCCUCAUCCACGCCCAGCAUAGCCAUUGAGGCGAAGCCCCGUGUCCUAGUGCAUCAGCGCUCAUCGACGGCCUCCUCGUCGCCGCACAGUAGUCCCAAAAAUCUUGGCUUGGGACUGAAAAUAGUCAAACCCAAAAUAAGCGGAGUCCCAAUGGUCUCUGUAUCCGGUCCAUCGCCGCCCAUCGAGAAACCGCCUCUGGCUGAAUGUUUGUAACAAAUGGCAGCCGAAACAUUUAUCUAAAAAGGCAACUGGACACCGGACGGAUACCUCACCCCCCCUCCCCCUUCCCAACUCCCCCAGUAAUCCCACAAAGCAUUAUCCUACAGCAAAACAAAAAAGAAAGGUGGAUUAAAGUAUGCCAGCUGCUCAAAUAAGUGUUUCGGUGAAGCAGAAGACCCAUUGAGUAUGAGAAAUACCCAAAAAAACUAAGAAUAGGAAUAGAAAUAGGAGUAGGAGUAGUAGUAGGAAUAGGAGUAGGUAUAUAGGAUAUGUAGCUGUAGGUGUUUAGGACAUGCAAGAAAGCUUUGUAUAUUCAACAACGACUGAAGUAUACACAUAAAUACAAAAAACAAAAAAAAGAAACAAACAAACAAAACAAACGAAACAAACAAACAUAUAAAACGAUAAAUAUGUAACCUAUAGAUGUAACUGAUAAAUCAGCUUUAACAACAAACAAGUAAACUAUCAGGCUUUAAUAUUAUCAUAUGGAAAACAAAACUUGACAUGGACGAAAGCGAUUGAUAAUAAAAAAAAAGAAAAAAACGAAAAGAAACAUAACGAAAAUUGAAUGAAUUUCUGGUUUAACCUACUAAUUAGUCUAUAGGAUCACCGUUAGCUCUUUUUUGAUUGUUCUCCUAUACAUAUAGCCAAAAACCAAAAACCCCAAGAAAACUCUUUUUAGGCACUCAAAACUGUUAUACACCUUCUAUAUAUAUA